AUGUUUGACAUCUUGACAAAACUUUUCCUCUCGCUCCUCUCCCUGCACAUGACUUUUGACGACUGUGAGAGUCUGUAUAACCAGGGGGACCCUGACAGCUACCUCGUUGAAGGCCUUGGGAAGAUCGUCUGCAUUAUUAAUGUGGCUGGAAACUCCCGUGACGUGCUCGAGUGUCAACAACGUGUUAUCAAUAGCGAACAUGACUUCAGAGGCUUGAAUAUCCAGCAUUUCCAACGAGAGCUAACAGAUAUAGAAGGCCUCUCUAAUGUCUCUGAAAGCCCAAGCCGGAUGUUCACUGGUCGCGCAGAUGUCAUCCAAAAGAUUAGCGAGGUGUUUCUAGCUUCAGAUGGUAAGCCGACAGAUCAAACGAUAUUUGUUCUACAUGGCAUGGCAGGGGCAGGUAAGUCCCAGACAUGUCUAAAAUUUGCGCAAGACUUCCGUAAGAGCUUUGACGGGGUAUUUCGUAUCGAUGCAAGUAACCGUGUGACAGCGACGAAAAGUCUCGUCGAAAUAGCUCAUAUCGCUGGGAUUGAAGAGGAUUCUAAAAGGGUCAAAACAUGGCUGUCAAACACUAACCGGCGCCGGCUUUUGAUUAUUGACAAUGCUGACGAUCCAAAGUCAGACGUCUCUGAAUACUUUCCAGCUGGUGACAAGAUCUGCAUAUUACUGACUACUCGCAACGGCGCAUAUGCUACCAGAGCCCAGAAUUCAUGGUAUUUCGAACGGAUGCCAUUGAAUGAAGCAGUCGAUUUCCUCCUGAAAGCUGCUAAUGACCAACAUGCUACACAAGACCAAGCAAAGCGUCUAGUUGAGACGUUAGGCUGCCACGCACUCGCCAUUGACCAAGCUGGUGCAUAUAUGCGAAACUGCCGUAGGAGCAUGAGUGAAUACUGCGAUAUCUACUCGCACCAACAGAAAAAUUUGCUGCAAUAUCGCUCACUCCAAGGGCAAUCUUCAUACAAGUACUCAGUGUACGGAACUUUUAAUGUUUCUAUUCAAGCCAUACAAAAUAUGUCGAAUCGGACUUCGAGUGACGCUGUUCAUAUUCUUGGAGUCUUUGGUUUUCUGCACCAUGAAGGGAUAACAGAAGAGAUAUUCGAGCAGGCCUGGAAGAACAGACAAAAGAGAGUACGCUUAUGGAAGAAGACGUCAAACCUAUUUUUCAUGAAUUCUGGCCCAGAGUCAGCACAAUGCAAAUUAUCCCGGAUCCAAGAAGCAGUAAAAUGUCUGGAGUCAUUCUCUUUGGUAAAAAUCAACAAUGAUUUGAAAGAGAGUGAGACAAGAGGCUGCCGCAUGUCCAUGCAUCCGCUGGUGCACAGUUGGGCCAGAGAACGCUGUACCGAGCAACUGCAAAAGCAGUACUGGGAGAUUGCCAGUUUCACUUUAGCUGCUGCAAUUUCCUGGGAGUAUCAGUCUUCUGACUACAGUUUUCGACAGUCGUUAGCCCCUCAUGUCGAUUCUUGCAUCAAUUUAUGCAAGGACCAGCAGCUUUUAAGCGAGAAUCCAAACCCCGAUCUCGGUGAAGUAGCCGCCGCAUUCGUAGUUGUGUACUGGGAAAACGGCCAUGCACAGAAGGCAAUAGGUUUGAACGAGAAGGCGGUAAAAGCAUGCCAGAAAUACCUCGGUGAUAAACACCCCGAUACUCUUCUUGCUAGGGCCGGCCUCGGACACAUCUAUCAUGAACUAGGCCGCUGGGUGGAUGCAGCGGAGCAGUUCGAAAUGGUGCUAAAGGAAAGGCGGAGGGCACUAGGAAACAAACAUCCCAGCACUAUGAAAGUUAUUGUCAACCUUGCGAAUAACUAUAUGCGCGUGGGUCGCAGGCGGGAGUGUAAGAAAAUGGAUGAAGAGGUCAAGCAUGCAAGGCAGAAUAUGCUAGGCCCCCAUGAUCCUGACACGCUCCGGGCAACGGCCAACCUAGCAGUUAGUUAUAAUAACCUGAGAUGUCCACUGGAGGCCGCGAGACUGUUGGAAAACGCAACAGAUGCAAUGCAGAGGACUUUAGGCAAUAAGCAUCCUGACACACUCAAAGCGAUGACCAACCUUGCAAUCAGCAAUAGUGGUCUCGGACGCGCACAAAACGCGGUAGAAUUGUUGAAAACUGUGUUGGAGACAAGAAAGGACACACUGGGAAGUGAACAUCCUGACACUGCACGGGCUGCGGUCAACUAUAUAAGCCUAAGAUGUCCAUGGAAGGAAGUGGAACAGUCGGAGAAAGCGUUGGACACAAUGCAAAGGAGGCUAGGGAGCAAACAUUCUGAUACUCUCAAGGCGAUGACCAACCUUGCAAUUGGCUAUAGCGCCUUAGGACGCAUACAAGACGCAGUGGAAUUGUUGAAAAUUGUGUUGGAGACAAGAGAGGACACAUUGGGAAGUGAACAUCCUGACACAGAGCGGGCGUUGGUCAAUCUUAAGAUUGUCAGUAGAGGUGAAGGAUCUGUGCAAGAGCUGAUAGAGUUAUUGGAUGAAAGGAUGUUUGAGCCAGAGGAUGCUACGCAAGCUGGAACUGGCCUUAAUCUUGCGGAUCUCAUUCUAAACUGGUGGACCAAAACUACUUAA